AUGGCGCUCUCCGAACUCUCUCGCCAGUCGCUCCACCCCAGCUUCCUCUACUCCGCCGCCUCCUCCUUCACCGCCGCCUCCAGCCCCACCUCCCAGGCCCCUGUCGCGGCCCCUACUCCGGCCUUCGGCCAUGGCACUGGCGGCGGCAGGCCGUUCUCGAUCCAGUCCCCGAACGAGAAGAUCAAGAUGUAUUCUCCGGCCUUCUACGCCGCCUGCAGCGUCGGAGGAAUCGCCAGCUGUGGGCUCACCCACAUGGCCGUCACCCCGCUCGACCUCGUCAAGUGCAAUAUGCAGGUCAACUCCUAA